AAAGCAGAAAAUCAUUCAGCGUCUGAUGAUCACUGAAGACGGCUCAACAACUCACUCUGGAAAACAGAAAUCCCCACGAAACCUCUUCUGUGAGCUGAUGCCCCCCCUACCCCCCUCCCUCUUCUAUUUGCUUUCAUUAGAAAACGGACGUGGAAAUAUCCAAGGAGGUUUUCAAGCAACUGAAGAUUUAUGGAGCCUGAAUAGGAGGAUUUGCAGAGUGACUGACAUUUUCCAUUGAGGACUAAAAUGCAAAAGGGAGGAGGAGGAGGAGGAAUUAAAGGAAUACUUAAAAUCUCUGGAGGGCUGACACUGUUUUAUGGGGAAGAGGAAUACUUCUACUAUGCGUCAGGACUUUAUUGCUAAGCCGAGAGUGUGUGAAGAGAACAGAGAGGGAGGAAAGUUAGCAAGGUGUCUUUGGGCAACACACGCACGUCAAAUAUCAUUAUGUUCAUCAUCAAUCUCCCCACGGCACGCACUGCCACGGGCGCAGGGAUGAGUUGAAGACGACAAGGACACUGGAGGAUUUCCACACAAAUACACACACACACACACACACACACACACACACAGACUUACAUGUGCAGGUAUGUAGUCAGCGGCAACCCACCUUCAUACAGGUGUACUUCUAAUAUGCCAGAUAGAAGUGUUGAUAAGUGCACGAUCGACUCUCUGCAUCAUGAAAACUAAAGACUGAAAAGUCAGGAUCGGUGUGUUUGAAAAGAAUCAGAUGAAAUACACAUUUGUAAGAUCUGAGACUUCAGAUGUUUUUCAUCAAGAGUGUAGCUUUGACUUGGAAGAGCCCAGAAUUCAAGGAGGAGAAAGCUGCAACAGCUUCAAACGGAUUCUAUAAAUCGGAAGAUGAGAGAAGAUGUGAGUUGAAAAUAUGUGAGUCGCAAUCACUCCAACAUUGGAAUAUUUUGAGCAACUGGUUCUUUUUUCUGUUCUGGAUGAGUGGCAUAAAGUCACGAUAUUGACCAAGUGCUUAUUUUUAGAUGUUUUUUAUCCAUAUGACAUUGUCCUGUUGAGAUUUAAAAGCUGCUGUUGUUGUUCUGCUGAAUUCAACAGUCUGCUACUUUGGUUUUCCCGCAUUGUGACGAUGAUUUGCUGAUCCUGCGACAGAAGAUUCAAGGCUUCGGACGAGUCAAGGCUUCAGACAAUUCAAGGCUUCAGACAAUUCAAGGCUUCGGACGUUUCGAGGCUUCAGACGAUUUGAGGCUUCGGACGAUUUGAGGCUUUGGACGAUUUGAGGCUUUGGACGAUUUGAGGCUUCGGACGAUUUAAGGCUUCGGACAAUUUGAGGCUUCAGACAAUUCGAGAGGCUUCAGAUGAUUCGAGGCUUUGGACAAUUCAAGGCUUUGAACGAUUUGAAGCUUCGGACGAUUCAAGGCUUUGGACGAUUCAAGGCUUCGUAGUUUCGCCAUGAGAUGACGGCGUAAAAACCAUCGGCACGUUGAAACUCAACUCACUACUCCAGUGAUAAAUGGUGUUAAUGGGAAAUGGGGAGAGACUAGACGAUGACAAGACUUUCCCCUUCUUUCUCCGCUCUGACAAAUCUUCCCAGGCAGCAUCCCUGAGGCGUUUCCGCCUCGGGCUGUGACGGCGUUACUGAGACGGCGUCAUGAACCCGCAUGGCGGCGCCAACGUGUCAGAGUUAAUCUCUAAAGCCGUCAGAGCUGCCGUCGGCACCAUCGCCACUGUGGAGUCCAACACGUGGUCUCUGCGUGGAUUGGAGGAUCGCACGGCGCUGAUCAACAAUGCGACAAACUCGGGGUGUCCCUCAUGGAACUGGUCUUACCGGAACGACGGAGGAGUUUACGGCGAAGGCGGCAGGAUUUACGGGCCUCCGUGUCCUCGGCGAGACACGGCCGUGGAGAAGAACUGGGCGGCGCUGCUGAUUUUACUUGUCAUCGCCAUCACGGUUUUGGGCAACAUCCUGGUGAUCCUGGCCGUCUCUCUGGAGAAGAAGCUGCAGAACGCCACCAACUACUUCUUGAUGUCCCUGGCAGUUGCUGACAUGCUCCUGGGCAUCCUGGUUAUGCCCGUCUCCAUGGUGACCAUUGUCUACGAUUAUGGGUGGCCGCUUCCCUCUGAACUCUGUCCAAUCUGGAUCUACCUGGACGUCCUGUUCUCCACGGCGUCCAUCAUGCACCUGUGCGCCAUCUCUCUGGAUCGGUACAUUGGCAUACGCAACCCGAUCCACCACAGCCGCUUCAACUCCCACACCAAGGCCCGCAUCAAGAUCACGGCGGUGUGGACCAUCUCAGUCGGGAUCUCCAUGCCGAUCCCUGUGCUGGGACUCCGAGACCACUCCAAGGUUUUCAAAGAUGGCAGCUGCCUGCUGACCGACAACAACUUUGUGCUGGUUGGCUCCUUUGUGGCGUUCUUUGUGCCCCUCACCAUCAUGGUCGUCACAUACUUCCUGACCAUCAACGCACUGCAGAACGAAGCCACGCUCUGCCUGGACCAACUCGUCCCGCGGCCCAAGUGGAGCACGACGUUCACUCUGAGCUUCUUGCCGCAAACCUCGCUGUCAUCUGAGAAACUCUACAGACGCUCGAUAAGCCGUGAGGCCGGUGGCAGAGGAAGCGGUGGCGGGCUGGGAGGCGGCCGCGGGAGCGUCUCUGGCUCGCUGUUGGGACGCCGCACCAUGCAGUCUAUCAGCAACGAGCAGAAGGCAUCCAAGGUUCUCGGUGUAGUCUUCUUUCUCUUCGUGGUCAUGUGGUGCCCGUUUUUUGUCACCAACGUGCUCGUGGUGGUGUGCGACCCGGCGGUGUGCGACGCUGGACUCAUGGGGGGCCUGCUCAACAUUUUCGUGUGGGUUGGAUAUAUGUCAUCCGCAGUCAAUCCGCUCGUCUACACGCUGUUUAACAAAACGUACCGAGCAGCGUUUCUGCGCUACGUUCGCUGCCGGUACCAUCCGGAGAGGAAGCGUCUCCAGCUGAUUCUGGUGAACACCAUCCCUCCGAUGGCGUACAGCUCAACGCAGCUGCCCCUGGGCGACAUUGCCAAGUUACAAAACGGAGUGGCGCACUCCAGCGGUGAUGGGAAGGAAUGCUCUUUACCUGGACGGGAAAUGGAGAAGUCUAGACUGGACAAAAGUUGCGGUGACAAGGACGAGAGCUGUGUAUGAGUAUAAGCCUGUGAAAACUCACGGAAAGAAAACCUUUAGCCCCCUGGUCAUGUCAGACUAACGUACAGCGAAGGGGUCAAGGUUUAAAGUGCCAAAGACAAAGUGCCUCCCAGACCGGAUUUAAAAAACAACAAGACUCCAAAUCAAGUCAAUAAAAUGAAGAAUACAUUUCCGUUUAUCCUGAGAAUUUUCAGAAGAUUCCUUAGCUUUUGAUUCACGUCCUAUCAACAGGGUCUAUAUCACAUGAUCCAAGUUUGUGAGUUCCUUAGUACUACAAAAACAUCUUUUGAUAACCCAAAAUAAUGUAAAUCAAUGUGUGUUCCAUGGAUUACAAUCCCUUAAAGGGUAACUUUGGUAUUUGUCAACCUGGAUCCCUGAACCCAUGUUUUUGUGUCUUUGAAAUUGGUCCGGUAUCAAGCAAUUUGACAAUUUGCGUCCACUAAACGUUCUGUUGUUGCCGCUGACAGACUCAGUUCAUUAUUCUAAGCGUGUGUCAACAUUAUGGAAAGGACCCCUACAGAGAUAGCAUCACUUUGGCCACAUUGGGACACCCCUUGCUUCUAUCGUCCGUAGCCGGACACUUCAGACCUGACGCACUUUCCGGUCUUUUUGCGGUACUUUACAUUUCCAAUCAUCACCAAAACAGAAUUCAUCUAUACCCAUCUAACAAUCUACGUAUGAGUUUUCCUGUAUGCACAUGGACAUUUAGAUGUCUGAUUAGUAUAUGAAAGUGACUUUGAUGAGGGAAAGACGUGAGAACGCUCGGGAAACGAUUUUUCCUCCUAAAAAGUUUCUAUUUUUACUGAAUUGGACAUUAAGGAGCAUAAUUCAGAGUGUUGAAGCAUGGUAUUUUAUUGUGAAGGAUGGAAGUAAGAUCUGGUAGUUUUGACAGUAUUGAUGGGACUUUCUUUAACUGUCUAUGGACUUAAUACCCGGCAAGGCCCGGUGUCUACAGCAAGGAGAUAGCGGUGUCCAGUUACGGCCAAGGGCAGCGCACGGCUAAUGUGGCUAAAAGAAACUUCAGAUACAGGAUUAGGGGACCACUAACGUCUAUAUAAAAGAGACUUCAGAUACAGUAUUAGGGGACCACUAAGGUCUAUAUAAAAGAGACUUCAGAUACAGUAUUAGGGGACCACUAAGGUCUAUAUAAAAGCAUCCAAAGAGCAAUAUUUUAUGGGACCUUUAAUUCACCCAAUUACAUGUGGAGA